AUGCCGGCCGUACAUCACAAGCUGCUCCUGGAGGACGCUUUGCAGGACAGUCCUCAGACUCGCUCUCUGCUGAGCGUGUUUGAGGAAGACUCUGGGAUGCUGACAGACUACACCAACCAGCUGCUGCAGACGUUGCAGCGGGUGUUUGGAGCUCAGAGUGAAAUGGGAUUGGCCACAGAGCAGCUCUCGCAGCAACUUCUGGAUUACGAGAAGAAAAAUUUUGCCCUGGGUAAAGGUGAUGAAGAAGUAAUCAGCACCCUGCAGAACUUUGCAAAGACUGUGGGAGAGCUAAACUCUCUUCACUCUGAUUUAGCCAGUCAGAUGGCUGACAGCAUGGUGUUUCCUCUUAUUCAGUUCAGAGAGAAGGACCUCACAGAGAUAAGCACCUUGAAGGAAAUAUUUAGCAUCGCCACUGAUGAGCAUGAGGCGGCUAUGGUCAAAUACAGUCGAUUGCCCAAGAAGAAGGAGAACGAGAAGCUGAAGGCCGACUUGGUGAAGGAGGUGGCAUACACCAGGAGGAAGCAGCACCAGGCGUCACUGCAGUAUUACUGCGCCCUCAAUGCCUUGCAGUACAGGAAGAGAGUGGCUAUGCUCGAACCAAUGCUCGGCUACACUCAGGCUCAGAUUAGCUUCUUUAAGAAGGGCAUUGAGCUGGUUUCAAAGAAGAUGGAAAAUUUUCUCUCCUCUGUGUCUAAAAUGACUCAAAAUAUCCAGGCCCAGUUGGACGUGGAGGCAGAGGCCAUGCGUACGUCCCAGAAAGAGCUUUUGUCUGUUGAAGACACGGUCUAUAUGCCAGAUAAGGACACAGACUCUUUUAACCGCACACUUAUUCAGAAGGCUGGCUACCUCAACAUCAGGAAUAAAACCGGUCUGGUGACCACAGCCUGGGAUCGACUUUUCUUUUUCACCCAGGGGGGGAACUUGAUGUGCCAGCCUCGGGGGGCUGUGGCGGGGGGCAUGGUGCUGGACCUGGACAACAGCUCCGUCAUGGCUGUGGAGUGUGAGGACAGACGUUAUUGUUUUCAAAUCACCUCCCCUUCAGGAAAAACGUCUAUGAUUCUACAAGCUGAGAGCAAAAAGGAGUAUGAAGAGUGGAUCUGCACGGUGAACAACAUCUCCAGACAGAUCUACCUGACAGACAAUCCUGAGGCUGUGGCUAUCCGAUUGAACCAAACGGCCAUUCAGGCAGUCACUCCAAUCACCAGCUUUGAGAAGAGACAAGACGGCUUGCCCAACCCUGACAGAGCAAAGCCAGGAGGUGUUCACACUUCUGGCACUGAUUCCCAGAAAACAGGAACUGCUCCAGAACCAGCGGACCUGAUAGCUCCUGGGACACCUAUUCAGUUCGACAUCAUGCUGCCAGCGUCUGAGUUUCAGGAUCAGAACAGAACUGGGGGGAGACGCACAAAUCCGUUUGGAGAAACAGAUGACUGUACGACAGAGAGUGACGAUUCCCUCCUGCAGCAAGUAUUCGUUGUACGCUUCCAGGGCUCCAUGGCCGUUCGCUGUGGGAACAAUCAGGAGGUGAUCUAUGAAGCCAUGAGGCAGGUGCUGGCUGCUCGAGCCAUCCACAACAUCUUCAGGACCACAGAGUCCCACCUUAUGGUGACCAGCAGCAGCCUCAGUUUGAUUGACCCACAGACUCAAGUAACAAGGAUCAGUUUCCAGCUUGAAGAGGUGUGCCAGUUUGCAGCUCACCAGGAGAACGGGAGGCUGAUGGGAUUUGUUGUUGAGGGGAGAGACUGGAGUGAUGGAAAUGAGGAGGGAGAGCCUUCAUUCAGCGCCUUCGUCUUCGAGAGCAACACGGAGGGUGAAAAGAUAUGUUACACCAUAAACUUGGCAAAGGAGAUUACAGAAGCUAAGAAGGAUCCAGAUGCAUUGGCCAAGCUGAUGAAGAACAUGCCUCUGACUAAUGCUGGCAAAUUCCUGCUGCUGGAGCCGGAGACGGACAACUCGAACCCCAGAGAGAGUCAGGAGGACCUUGAGUCUGAAGCUUAGUUUUUAUUAGGAACUCCCAAAAGCAAAGAGCAGAGCCAGUCUGACCUUUGCCCAUAAGGCAGGACUUGUCCUGGAUAAAGGUCCCAUCAUGAUUCCUCACUCUAACUUUUAUUACUGUUACACCAUUACAAGAGUGCCCUUCCAGUAACGGACCAGAUCUCUACCGUUUGCUGCGCUUGAAGCAAGGACGUUAACAGCGAAGAGCUUG